CCCGUCUCCUAUCUGGAAUCCAAAACCUGGGCUUCUGCUCCAGGGUCUCCAGGAGGGUCUGGAGGACCGCAAUUGCUCACACCCGAGCCUGUACGCGGACAAAGGCUGCCUCGAGUUAGAGUGGACUAGAGCAUUGGUGGCAGCUGGGGAUGGAUCCAGCAUCUCCUCCUGGAAAAUCGACCCUCAGCUCUUUCAACCUCUAUGCACAGAAAUCAUGAUUUGCAACUCUGGACUGGACAGUGAACUCUGGGCUUGUAAUUCCAGUUUGGUGUACUCUGUGGCUCUAUGGCCAGCUACUGGCUUCUACAGACCGGAUGAAGCAGAUUGGAGACAGAAGUGGAGAAAACCUCCAGCUGGUACAAUCUCAAAGUAUAGUCCUCUGGCUGCUGGCCCUGUCCAGCCUGCCUCAUGGAGAAGAUGAACUGGCUGAGCAGGCUGGCCUCCCGGGUUCCUGGGCACCGAGUACCUCAAGGGGCCAGUCUGCAGACCCCUGUCAUGGCUGACCCUGAGACAUGCCUCAUGGUCUUCAAGAAUCACUGGUCUCAGGUGGUUCGAAUCCUGGAACGGCAAGGCCCACGGGCAGCUGCUGGAGGGGCAGAUGAUCUCAGUGCUGUUCGAAACCACACCUACCAAAUGCUAACAUUGCUGGCAGAGGAUCGAGCUGUUCCUUCGGCCCCCUCAGGCCCUGGGCCCCUGUUAGAGUUUGCUCUGCAUGAAGAUCUGCUGAGCCGAGUGUUAACAUGGCAGCUGCAAUGGGAUGAGUUUGGGGAUGGGGUAGAGGAACGGCGGGCUGAGCAGCUGAAACUAUUUGAGAUGCUAGUGAGCGAAGCUCGCCAGCCUCUGUUGCGGCAUGGGCCAGUUCGUGAGGCUCUGCUUGCCCUGCUGGAUGCCUGUGGCCGCCCUGUGCCCAGUAGCCCAGCACUGGAUGAAGGCCUGGUGCUACUUCUCAGCCAACUGUGUGUGUGUGUUGCCCGGGAGCCUUCAUUGCUCGAGUUCUUCUUGCAGCCACCUCCUGAGCCUGGAGCUGCUCCACGUCUUCUCCUCUUUUCUCGCCUUGUUCCUUUUGUCCAUCGAGAAGGCGCCCUGGGCCAGCAGGCCCGUGAUGCUCUACUUCUGCUCAUGGCUCUCUCAGAUGGGAGCCCCACUGUGGGCCGCUACAUCGCUGAUCACUCUUACUUCUGCCCGGUGCUGGCCACAGGGCUGAGUGCCCUGUACUCCUCACUGCCCCGAAAGAUUGAGGUUCCAGGGGAUGAUUGGCACUGCUUGCGACGGGAAGACUGGACUGGAGUGCCAGCGCUUGCACUCUUCAUGAGUUCCCUAGAGUUCUGCAAUGCAGUCAUUCAGGUAGCUCACCCCCUGGUACAGAAGCAGCUGGUUGAUUAUAUCCAUAAUGGUUUCCUGGUGCCUGUCAUGGGCCCUGCCCUGCACAAGACCUCUGUGGAGGAGAUGAUUGCCAGUACCGCCUAUCUGGAACUUUUCUUGCGGAGCAUCUCAGAGCCUGCUUUGCUCCGUACCUUCCUGCGAUUCCUGUUGUUACACCGGCACGACACCCACACCAUCCUUGACACUCUCGUUGCCCGCAUUGGCAGCAACUCCCGGCUUUGCAUGGUUUCUCUGAGUCUCUUCAGGACCCUUCUGAACCUCAGCUGUGAAGAUGUUCUGCUUCAGCUGGUUCUCAGGUAUCUUGUCCCAUGUAACCAUGUGAUGCUGAGCCAGAAGCCAGCUGUGCGUGAUGUGGAUCUUUAUGGACGAGCAGCUGACAAGUUUCUCUCCCUAAUCCCUCGCUGCUGUCGGCACCAUGCCCCGAGCCCACCUCGUCCAGAGCAUGCCUCAUGGGCACGAGGUGGGCCUAGCAGAGAGGAAGGGAGAAGGGAGGACAUUACGGGCCCUGGAAGCCCAAGUGUUGAUUCUUCUUCAGUGGUAACAGUGCCUCGUCCCUCCACACCGUCCCGUUUGGCUCUGUUUCUUCGGCAACAGAGCCUAGGUGGCUCUGAGUCCCCAGGUCCAGCUCCUCGCUCACCAGGGCUUACUGCAUCCCCAACUUCCAGCCCUGGCCGACGGCCUAGCCCUGCAGAGGAGCCUGGUGAGCUAGAAGACAAUUAUCUGGAGUAUCUUCGUGAGGCACGCCGUGGUGUAGACCGCUGUGUCCGAGCCUGCCGAACCUGGUCUGCCCCUUAUGAUGGCGAGCGGCCCCCUCCUGAGUCUAACCCUCUUGCCUCUCGGACUAAGAAACGCAGCCUACUGCCUGAGGAGAUCAAGGACAAUGUUGGGGAAGGGGAGGAGGAAAAUCUAGGGAGUCGGGGGCUAGCUGUGGGUGUAGGGGAUACCCAUGGCCACCUACCCCUACCCCAGCUCAAUGGGGUACCGGGGCCAUGGCCAGAGGGAGCCAAGAAGGUUCGUUUGGUACCACGAUUGGUGCCACAGGAAGGAGUUAGGGAAUUAUUAGAGGGUACCUCUGAAGGCAUGGCAGGACUAGAGAGCUUUGGGCAAGAGCUCCGGGAGCUGGAGGUGGCAUUGAGCAAUGGUGGAGCUGGCUCAGAGCCUCCCCUAGAGCCUCCACUACCUCCUGAGGAGGAGGAGGCCUACGAGAGCUUCACCUGUCCUCCUGAGCCCCCUGGCCCCUUCCUCAGCAGCCCUCUGCGGACCCUCCACCAGCUACCAAGCCAGCCCUUCACUGGCCCCUUCAUGGCUGUGCUCUUUGCCAAACUCGAGAACAUGCUGCAGAACUCCGUCUAUGUGAACUUCCUGCUGACGGGGCUGGUGGCCCAGCUGGCCUGUCACCCCCAGCCCCUGCUCCGCUCUUUCCUGCUCAACACCAACAUGGUCUUCCAGCCCAGUGUCAAGUCCUUGCUGCAGGUGCUGGGCUCUGUGAAGAAUAAGAUUGAGAGCUUUGCAGCCUCCCAGGAGGACUUCCCUGCUCUGCUAUCCAAAGCCAAGAAGUACCUCAUUGCUCGUGGCAAGCUGGACUGGGCUGAGGGUCCUGCAGCAGGACCUGCUCCCCGCCGCUCUGAUUCUCUAGUGAGGAGCCGGAGGCCAUCCUUGGGGGAGUUACUCCUGCGGCAUGCACACAGUCCAACCAGGGCCCGGCAGGCGGCACAGGUUCUUCAACCUGGGCGAGAAGGAACAGGACUUGGACUAGGUGGGGGCUCUCCAGGGGCUUCAACUCCAGUUCUGCUCCCCCGGGGCGGAGCUUCUGAACGCCAAGGUGAGGCUCUGCGAGUCAAGAAUGCUGUCUACUGUGCAGUCAUUUUCCCUGAGUUUCUCAAGGAGUUGGCUGCCAUCUCCCAGGCCCAUGCUGUCACCUCGCCUUUCUUGUUGGAUACUUUAGAGGAGGUAUCUGACCCUCCCAUCUCAGGCUUUGGGCCCCUCAAUCCUUAAUUUUCUUCCAUGGACAAUCAGGGCCUUCUGUGGCCUGGGCUGAUUUCCAGGACACGGGCUCCUUUUUAUGUUUGGAGGCAGUGACAAAUGGACUUUUUAAUUUAUUUCAGAUGAAUGUUUUAUGAGAACUUGUUGCAAUAUGUAUAAAAGGGAAAUCUCUAUUCUGUG